AUGCGCAGAAGCUCCUCCCGUGUGUCAUCAUGGCGGAUCAGUGGCCGGAGUGUGUGAGGAGUUUAAAGGGAGUGAUUUUAGACAUGUGUGGCGUUUUAUACGACAGCGGAGAGGGAGGAGGGGUUCCGAUUAAAGGCUCGGUGGAGGCUGUCAGAAGUUUACAGUCCUCAGAUCUGCUGUUACGUUUCUGCACGAAUGAAACUCAGGCCACGAGAGAGAAGUUUGUAACAAAGCUGCAGCGUAUGGGCUUCAACAUGGAGGUCAGAGAGGUUUUCUCCCCUGCACCAGCUCUAGUGUCCAUCCUGAAGGAGCGUGGCCUGAGACCACACCUGCUGGUGCAUGACGAUCUGCUACCAGAGUUUGACGGUGUGGAUAAAUCAGAUCCAAACUGUGUGGUGAUCGGAGACGCUGCUGAUAAUUUCUCUUACCAGAACAUGAACGCUGCAUUUCAGGUCCUCAUCUCACUGGAAAGACCACUGCUGUUCUCUAUGGGCAGAGGACGCUAUUACAAGGAGACGGACGGCCUGAAGCUGGAUGUUGGAGCAUAUAUGAAAGCUCUGGAGUAUGCUUGUGAUUUAGAGGCAGACGUGGUGGGAAAACCUGCACCAAUGUUCUUUCAGAGUGUUCUCAAUGACAUGGGCCUCCAACCCCAUGAGGUGUUGAUGAUUGGUGAUGAUCUGGUGAAUGAUGUAGGAGGGGCUCAGAGGUGUGGUAUGAAGGGUCUUCAGGUCCGGACGGGUAAAUACAGGCCAAGUGAUGAGAAACACCCCACAGUUACUGCUGAUGGAUAUGUGGACAAUCUGUCCUGUGCUGUGGACACCAUCCUGAAACACCGCCGUGUUUAGACACGAACUCGUCCAGUCAUCGUGUGUCUGCCAUUACCAUCUGUGGUCUUCCUAUUUGUAUCGAUGGAACUAUAAAUGUAUUGAUGAUAUGAAUAAAAUGUGUAUUAUACCGA